ACGUGCCGAGGAAGCAGCGCCGCCAGCCCCGGAAGCGGACGCUGCGGUCCCAGGGCGGGGCCCGGCCGGGGGCUCCGGCCAGCAGGCAGCGCGGCCCGGGGCCGGCGGGCAGGGUCUGACUCCUGUGUGCAGCAUGCAGGUGACGGAGCGCGAGGCUGCGGGGCAGGGACUGGAGGGGGGCCCUGCCCAGCCCGAUGCCCAGAUGGAGUCGCCUGCCCCCCCCAAGUCCCCGGCCUUCGACCUCUUCAGCCUGGUCCUGUCCUCCAAGCGGCUGGAGAUGUACCUGGAGCCCCUGGGGGACGCCUGGGAGGGGAUCCACUUCCUGCUAAGGUGGCAGAUGCCUCUGUGCUCGCUGCUCACCUGCCUGGGCCUCAACUUCUUGCUGCUCACCCUGACUGAAGCUGCCUGGUUCUCGCUGUGCGCACUGCUGGUCCUGGUGCCCGCCCUGCUGGGCUACCUGCAGGAGGCCUGCCGGGCCCGCCGGCCGGCGCCGGAGCUGGUGCGCCAGAGGUACCAUAGCGUGCGGCGCGAGGACCUGCAGCAGGUGCGGCUGGCGCGGCAUGAAGCCGUCACUGAGGUGAAGAGAUUCCUGAUCCACCUGGAGGGCUUCCUGAGCUGGCUGUGCUAUGCCUGCGAGGGGGCAUACCGUGUGCUGCAUUGGGAGACCCCUGCCCUGUCGUCCCAGUUCUAUGGGGCGCUGCUGGGCUCCCUCUGUGUCCUGUACUUGCUGCCCUUCUGCUGGGUCCUCGCCCUGCUCAACAGCACCCUCUUCCUGGGGAACGCCGAGUUCUACCGAGUGCUGCUGGAGCUCAAGGCUGCAAUGGAGCGACGCCUCGGCCCCAAGCCCCUCGCCAGCACCCUGGAGCCAGUGGAGCCUGACGCGGGAGCAGAGGGGGGCAGCUCCCUGGUGGAUCGGACCCCCACGCCCACGAGCACCGAGGACCUCACGCCCGGCAGCGUGGAGGAAGCAGAGGAGGCGGAGCCUGACGAGGAGUUUAAAGACGCUAUUGAGGAGACCCAGGCGCUGGCCAUGGAGGACGACGAGGUCUCCCAGUGCUCCGCCGCGUUCGACCUCGGCCUCCCGGACGGCAGCAGCGUCAUGAGCAAGAACGAGGUGAUCCGCAGCAAGGUGUCGCGGCUGACUGAGAGGCUCCGCAAGCGAUGCCCCAGCAAUAACUUCGGGAGCUGCACCCGCUGCGCAGCCACCUUCUCCGUGCUCAAGAAGAGGCCCCAGAUGCCCAGAGGGAGACAGUGUUUGUUUGCUCGUUGUGUAACCAGGUUCUCGUCAAGUGAGCGGAGCCCCCAGCAGGGGCAUCUCCGGCUGCCUGUCCCUGCUGCUCUGGGCAGGAGAGCACCAGGACCCUGCGUUGCUGAGUCCCCCCCGCCUGCCCUGGCACUGCCCAGCCCAUGGCACUGGGUGGCUGCGUGGGCCCCACUGCUCUGUUCCCUGGAGCUUUGCUGUGGGGUCCUGACUGGGGCAGGGGACUGAGGCCAGCCACCCCUCCUCUCUGCUCUGGGGCAGUGCCUCAGGGGCCUUUGCAAACCCCUGACAGUCACCCUGACCUGCCAAGCCAGAGGGGUAACCAUAUGCACAGUGCCCUCUGCUAGCUAAAUCCCCCACAGCCUGCCCCUGGGCUCGGAGCAGACCCUCCUCGCCCCAUAGGGCUGGGCUUCCUCCCCGCCUGCAGGCAGAUGGAAGCAGGCAGGAGCCAGGCUGUGCUCAGCUGGGCUGGGCGGAGUGCAGUGGGUGGCUGGAAUGGGCCAUGGGGGGAGGGCAGGGGGAGUAGAGGGCCUGGCGUGGGGUGGCUCUUGGCUCGCACUCUGCAUGCUGGGCUGCUGGCUUUGCCCACAGCGGUGGGUGCUGGUUCCGCUCCCGUCACCUGGGGCCACAGCACCCCCCUGCUCUGCUGCCGCCCUGCCCCACAGAAUCCGGGCAAAGGCUUCACCCCCCCAUGGCCCUGGGAGGCUCCUCUCUCAGCAAGGGGGUUGGGUGUCUGCUGCUGUGAGUGAGGGCUGGAAGCACUACAGGGCCAGGGCAGAGCAGGGGUCCCUCGCAGGCAGGGCGAGGCCCACCGCCCGUUCUGCGCUGACCCCUGCAUACGUGGGCAUUACUGUGUGUGUAGCUGGAGCUGGCUCCUGUGUCCCCCUGUGAGGGAUCGUGGGGCCCCUGCAGGCCCCCUGGGCUGCACAUGCCCUGCUGGGGUAGCCGGCACCUGUUCUGCUGGGGGGGGCUCCCUGCUGCCCCGUGAGCUGCUGGCAGCAGGCUCCAGCCUGGCCCUAGGGCAGCAUCUGCCACGUGCAGGUCACGUGAAGCAGGGUUAAAAGGUGGGGCUGCUGCGUGGAGACCUCCACCUGCUUUGUCCCGUGGCAAACGCCCUGGACCGGCACCAAAGGUACGGGAGCAAGGAGAGCGCUUCAUGCCUGGCCAGGCUGGCAGCCCAGGGGCCCUUCCUUGGGGUGCCAGGCGUAGCUGGAGCGAGAGGAGACCUGGGGGGCAGGGGGCAGAGGGGCUAGCUGGGGCGGUUGCUGCUGCUGUGCCAGGCUGUCCCCCUCUCUGCCCUGGGCUGCUCAGGAGCAGGGUGGCCAUGGCCGGGUCCCAGGAGACUGGGGAUGGGGGGCUGUCAGCGUGAAGCUCCCUUCGGCUUCUGUUCUGCCUAUUCCCCCUCCCCCUGUCCUUAAGGACUCACAAGGGAGGGUGGGAUAGUCCAGCCCUUCUCCCUCUUUCUCCACCACUUAGGCCCAGUGUCUGACUCUCCAGUUUGGGUUUAUUAACUUCUGGCCCCAUGGCCUGGGGCCCGGUACCAGGGCGAGUCCUGGGGAGGGUGUGGUGUGAACGUGGCUCCUCUGUUUACACAACAGCAGCUUCCCUUCUGCUUCUCUUGCACCGGUUGGUAAAUGAUGUGACUCACUUUCCCUGGCUGAGUUGGCACCAGUGAGAAACCACCUGUCCCAGUGGCCUCGGCCCGCUGGGCAGGUCCCUGCUCUGUGCCUCCAGCCCCCUGUCCCUGGGUGAAGGCGGGGGAGCUCUGAGGAGGACUGUGCUGUUAGGACCAGGGAGCCUAGUUUUCCAUGAUAACCCCCCCAAUAAACGUGACUCUGCAUUUC